GAAAUGGAGACAAGUGUGGAAAAGUAUCCAGAUUUAGGGAAAACAACAGAAUAUGUAUAUUCUGAGCAUGGCAGCUCCCUCCAGAAAGCAUUUUAUACAGCUUGGACCAACAAGGAUUACUGUGACAUCACAUUGCGGGUUGGUAAGGACAGCAUACCGACUCAUCGUCUUAUACUUACUUCUCUCUCUGAAUACUUCAAAACCCUUCUUCACAUGGAUGUCAAUGGCAUAAAGGAUGAAGCAGAGCUGCAUGAAGUAGAAUUUGAUUCAUUGUGCCAAAUCCUGACAUUCGGUUAUACCGGUAAGAUUGAAAUUUCCAUGGAAAAUGUUGCUGCACUGUUCAUAGCUUCCUCCUACCUGCAGGGGGUUUUCGUGAAAGAGUCUUGUGAGAGAUACCUACUCGACAAUCUCGACAAGUCCAGCUGCAUAAGGACAUGGUGCCUUGCUGACCAGUACAACGCCAUGACGCUUAACAAGAAAGCUGUGCUGAUGUUUAUGCUUGAGUUUGAAAAUAUCAGCAGCACAGAGGAUUUUGUCACCUUGGUAACAAUGAAAAUGUUUCUGGGGGUGUUAGAACAGGAGGGACUUGUAGUUUCCAGAGAUGGGGUCAUUUUGCCACCUGCAGAACAAGAGGUUAGUCUAUUAGAGGGUGUACUUCACUACAUAGACAGAACCAAAUGUGGUACAGAAAAUGCAGUGUCUUUGCUUAAUGCCGUUCGACUUCCUCUUAUAGAGCAUGCAAUGAUAACAGAGCACAUGUCCAAGUAUCCUAAACUCUGCCAAAACAAUGCUGUGAAAAAUAUUGUGGAUGCUGCCAAAACCUUUCAGGAAAGCUCAGAACCUUCACAGCAAAACUCCAGUAUCUGGCUUUCGCCGAGGAGACCAAAGAUCAAUGGGUACAUGUAUGACCCCAAGGCAUAUGCAGUAGGAGGUCAAGAUGGGGUACACUUUUUUCUAAGAUGUCACUUUGGUCUACCAAGACCAAGUAAAGAGGCACUUAUCACCUCAGUUGAUGUGCACUUAAGAUUUUGGUCACAACAUCCGCAGGAAAACCCACUUGUAGGAGGUUUAACCUUCAGAUACUCGGACAACACAGUAACACAAGGUGGGCUGGCUGCUGAUUCUCCAUACUGCACAAAGGUCGAGAGCUUCACCCUGCAAGAUUGUGAAUACAUCACCAAGGUUGUCAUAAAGAGUGGAUGGAUGAUGGACAGCAUCAAGUUUGAGACAAAUUUUGGCAAGAGUUACGGCCCUUGGGGAGGGCCGGGUGGAGGAGAGCGCAUCUGUGUUGCACCGAAUGGAGCAAUAGGAUAUCUGCACAGUUUUGCUGGUAUUGACAUCAAUUCUGGUGGCUGUUCAGCUGUUCACAGAGUCCGCCUUGGAUGGGCAACACUUGAUGACACUGAACAGGAGCUUGAGAUGCGCGAUCUGUAUGAUAAGUUAAAAGUUAGGCCAACGAUUGAUGGGGACAACGAGCUUUAUGAUGAGGAUGAGGUUUAUGUUGAGGAUGAGGUGACUGAGGAGACUGAUAGCGAUGAAUAUGAAAACCCCUCUGACAUUGAAUGAGCUGAAACACAGGUCUGAGUAUCUGGGUUUUCUUGUGUUACCUUUACAUUGAUAUUCUAAAAUGAAUUUUUGAAAUAUACAUGCAGCAAGGGUAUGACAUACAUUUCGUUUUCCAGUUUUAUCGUCAUACAAUACAAAGCAGAACCAUUUUUAUACGUCCGUCGCCCGACAGGACAUAUUUUUUAUUGUAUGGGCUGCGUUGAUUGAUGUCCUGAUGUCCGUCCGGUAAUUUUUGUCAUCGCUCUCCUGCCUUUAUUCAUGGACAUAUCUCGAUGAAACUUGGUACACAUAUUGCACAAAUGAAUUAGCAUUUCGGAAGUUUACGUGUGUUUUUGGUACAGUUAUGCCCCUUUUAUUGACAAAUAAGGGCUUUGUGUAGAAAAUGCAAGAACUUUUUAAUUUUUUAAUUAAUUCCUUUCAAAUUUUGUACAGUAAUGCUAGAAGCAAUAAUGUUCAACAUAUAUUUCAGGUUUUUCUGUUGAGUUUCAACUUUCCGCGUUUUGGCAUAUCACAUGUACACUUGACAAAGCAACGCUGUUUAUCGUUUUUUUGCUGUGAACUUUUGUUUGUUUAUAUGAUAACUCAAACAAUUGUUCUCCAAUUCUUAUAAAACUACUUAGUUGUUUCAUUACUUGAUUGCUUUGUAUGAGUUCUUAAAUUGUGACAUUUAUACACUACUCGACACAGCUAUGCCCGUUUUUCAUUGCCAAAUAAGGGCAUUCCAUCGAAAAUGCAAGAACUUUUUAACUAUUUGUUCAAGACUCUACCUCAAAGCCAAGUUUCUAGUUUUAGUAAUAGCAACAUUGACCACGAAAGUGU